UUCCCCUUUCCUGGCACGCACUCAAGCCAAAUCACCCACAUGUGGCAUCGCGACAUCGCAAAGUAAAAAUAAACCAGUGCGUCCGCAACAACUCUUGACAAGUCACGAAGUGCGUCGAUGGCUCGCAGUUGCUCGGACAUGAAACCGGGAGCUUUCUUCGCCGCCGCCUUCAACCUCCUGGUGGGGGGCCUGACCUUGGGGGGCGCCAUUUACAAAGUCGCCAUCAACAAAAAUGGACGAAUGGGCCUUCUGGUCAUAAUGUUCCUGCUGAGCUUGCUGCUCAUACACAACGGGGUGCUGCUCAUCGUCGGGAUCGUUAUGGUCAAUCGGGAGUACGUCGUUUUGUAUUUGGUGCUGAACUGUGUGAACUGGUUGGUGGGGACUUUUGUCGUGGUGAAGGAGAUGUCCGGGAAAAUGGGGAUUUUGAGCUAUAUAGGGUUUUCGAUUUUGUUAGUGGUGGCUUGGUGUGCGGAAGUUGUGGUUUAUUUGUUUUAUAGAAAAAUGAGUAGGCGCGAAUUUGCGCAUGUGGAAAUUGUGGUGGAAGAGAAGGCGAUUAGUAGUAGUAGUAGCUAGGGGCGAGAUUUUUGUAUUUUUUUAUUGUAUUGACGACCUUGUAUAUAAAUGUUGCAGAAAAUGUGAACGGAGUAGAACAAACUAAUUUUGUAUUAGACUUUUAAAUUAUAGAAAUACUUAGUAAUAAAAA